GAGCUGCAAAACGUGGCGUAAAUAGCCGGAAACUGCAGGGACCAAAGCAGAAAACCGACGGCGCCGGAGAGGAGAGACAUGGCGCGCGGACCGCCCGCCGCCGCCGCCGCGGCAGCCCGUGGGCCUCGCCUAGCCGGCGUUGGCCGCGCGCUCCUCCUCAUCGCGGCCGCUGCAACCUUCCUCCCAGCAGCCGAGUCAUCCUGCCCGCGAGACAACUCACUGGUGAGGGAUAUAAGCCGGAUGCACCAAAGUAACUAUGGGAGGGAAGGAUUCUCGCAUAUAACGGUUGCCGGCGCGCUCGCUCACGGGAUGAAGGAGGUGGAAGUGUGGCUUCAGACAUUUGGUCCGGGCAAAAGGACUCCUAUCCACAGGCACUCUUGUGAGGAGGUUUUCGUUGUCCUUAAAGGGAAAGGCACGCUCUUGCUGGGGUCAAGCUCGCUCAAGCACCCAGGGGAGCCACAGGAGAUUCCUGUCUUCCAGAAUAGCACAUUUACGAUCCCUGUAAAUGAUCCUCACCAGGUUUGGAAUUCUGAUGAGCAUGAAGAUUUGCAAGUUCUUGUGAUCAUAUCACGCCCGCCUAUUAAGAUAUUCAUCUAUGAUGAUUGGAGUGUGCCUCACACAGCCGCAAAGCUGAAGUUCCCCUACUACUGGGAUGAAGACUGCUUACCGGCGCCUAAAGAUGAACUCUAGUUUAAGUGUUCGCUACAGUAUAUCAGCUUUGUCCACGACCCUGCUGGAUUACGAUCGACAUCUACUAGUUGUAAAACAUUAGUGUGCUGUCAUGUAUAGUUCUGUGUUGUGACUCAGGAAUAUAUGCAUGUGGCCAUGGUUUAUGAACUUAAGCGCUUCUGGAGGAAAGCUAAUGUACAUUGUUUCCAGGUUUUACAUUCCCCUAUAUUCCAGAA